AUGUCUACAAUCACCUUAACGAAGGAAUCUCAUAAAGCCCCGGCAAAGUUCAGAGCAAACCUCGAAAGUGAGCGGAUUGCAUUGGGACUCACAGCAGAGAAACAUGCAAAUGCAUCACUUCCAACAAUCCACACGUCUUCCAAGAUAGCAAUUAUUGGUGCAGGGUUUGGUGGGAUCGGGACUGCCAUCAAAACAGCCCGAGACCUCAAGGAAUGUGACUUUGUCAUAUUUGAUAAACAUGAGAAUUUCGGCGGGACUUGGUGGGCAAACACUUACCCCGGAUGUGCAUCAGACAUUCCAGCCAUUUGGUACUCUUUCUCAUAUGCAUUGGCUGCUAACUGGAGUAAAGUUCAACCACCACAAUACGAAAUGGAGGAGUAUCUUUUGAGAAUAGUUGACCAACACAAUUUGAGAGAGAAAGCCAGGUUCAAAACAUCCAUUGACUCAUUGGACUAUAGUGAACGAUCUGGUUUGUGGACCUUGUAUGCUCAUGAUCUCGCCUCGGGACAGAAAAUUGAACAUACUUGCAAAGUUGUUGUGUCUUGUCGUGGUGGCUUGGUACACCCACGUAACCUUGAUUCACCUGGAAUUGAGAAUUUUGGUGGCAAGUACAUGCACUCGGCAGUUUGGGACCAUUCUGUUGAUUUCAAAGGCAAAGAUGUUGUCGUUGUAGGGAAUGGGUGUUCUGCUGUUCAAGUUGUACCUUCAUUGUUAAAUGACCCGCAGUAUAAUGCGGGCUCAGUAACUCAAGUGUUUCGAUCAAAACACUACAUUAUGCCUCCUGUGCCGCCUGUCUUGUUCUUUAGAAAAGCUCUCACAAAACGUUCAGUUGAUUAUAUCCACCUGACUGCUCCUGAAGAGUAUUGGGAUAUGCUCAUUCCUAAUUUCAAAGUUGGUUGCAAAAGAAUGAUUCUUGAUUACCAAUAUGUUCCGACUUUGCAUGAUCCUCGUCUCACGCUUGCUUAUUCAGGUAUCAAAGAGGUGGUUAAGGACGGUGUAGUUUUGGAAGAUGGCAAGUUUGUAAAAGCAGAUAUCAUCGUUGCUUGUACUGGAUAUGAUCUCAGGAAGUCCAACGAUUUAGCCGCCAAAACAACUACCGGGACUACUGUAAGUGAUUUAUGGAAAAAGGAAGGCACAACGGCGUACCGUACAAUAUUGGUCAAGGGUCUUCCCAACUUGUUUAUCAUUGGUGGUCCGAAUAGUGGAACUGGACAUUCGUCCGUUGUUAUGGCACUAGAGAAUGCUAUUGACUACUAUGCAAAAGUUGCCAGCCCUGUCAUCAAGGGUAAAACGGAAUCGGUGGUGGUGAAAGAUGAAGCAUAUGAUAAUUGGAGGGUUACUAUACAAAAUGAGUUGAAAAAGAGUGUGUUUGGAACCAAGUUUGGUGGUUGUGUGUCGUGGUAUAGUGACGAACGGGAAAACCCCACUGCCUUUGCGUGGAGCCAAGUUUAUUACUGGUACAUAACCCACUUUCCAAAUUACAAGGAUUUGAUUUACGAAAGUUACAAGAAAAAAGUUGACUGA